CCAAAGUUCCAAUCAUCUAAGCCCGCAACUAAAAAAGUCACACCAAAUAAUAACAAGCCAAAAACUGCCAAAGCAACCACUGUGAAAUCCACUUCUCCUGUGACCAGAUCAGCUAGUAGAUCAACACCUAAAGUUCAACAAAAUGAACAUAGCAAUGAGGGCGACAGCAGCAGUAGCAGUAAUUCAUACGAGAGUGCUGAAGACUCUCUUUAUAAGCCAGGGCCUAUUGAUAGCUCAACUGAAACUGAGACUGACAGUGGAGGAUUUGAAGUGAGGAAGAAGAAUCAUAAGUUGAAACAUGCACCUGGAUCUGCUUGGAGCAAGGAAAAACGAAAGAUGCUAUUAGAAGAAGAUAUCCUAAUGGUGAACUCUGAUGAUGAGGUUGACUUGGUAGAAGUGUUAGGCAAUAAAACUGCUGCCCAAGGUGGAGAAUAUGAUGCCUAUGAUCCAUAUUUUGCUGAUUCGGAUGGAAAUAACUCCUGGCACUCUGAAGAGAUGAAAACUCCCCCAAACAGUGAAGAUGAGGACACAACAGAUGAUAGUGAUGAUGUGUUCCCACAAUUCAAUGAGGGAGCUAGAUUCGGAGAGUGCAACCUUCAAGUAGGAAUGAAGUUCAACACUAAACAAGACUUCAUUGAAGCGGUUAGAGAAUUCACUAUACAAGAGGGGAGGCAGAUCAAAUGGAGAAGGAAUGAGAGCUAUAGAGCAAGAGCAAUCUGUAAGUGAAAAAAACAAGGAUGUAAGUGGGUGGCUUAUGCAAGCAAAGAUCGUGAGGAGACAUGUUGGCAGAUGAAGACAUUUUAUAAUGAUCAUAUAUGUCCCAGAAAGAGCAACAGAGCUGCAAAUAGAAAAUGGCUUGCAGGAAAAUUAGUCAAGAAGCUUAGGAAGUAUCCAAACCUGAAACACGGAGAGGCAGCAACAUAUUUCAAGAGAAGAUGUGACUUGGAUUUGAACAAAUCAUCCUUGACUAGAGCCCUUACAGAUGCACGAAAUGUUGUAUAUGGUGAUGCGGCUGCACAGUAUUUAAGGUUGAGGGACUAUGCAGAGACCCUUCUUAAGAGUAAUCCUGAAUCCACCAUUAAGAUCGGUGUUAGUCCCCAACUCGAUUCAGAUCCUAUUUUUGAAAAAAUAUAUGUUUGCCUUGACGGAUGUAAGAAGGGAUUCAAAGCUGGGUGUCGACCAUUAAUCGGCCUAGAUGGAGCAUUCUUAAAGACACAGUUUGGAGGACAAAUCCUCUCUGCAGUUGGCCAGGAUGCUAACAACCAUGUCUACAUCAUUACUUGGGCCAUAGUGGAGAUAGAGAACAAAGAGAACUGGAGGUGGUUUUUAGAGCAAAGCCAAUUAUAACACUUUUGGAGGAGGUUAGAAUGUUUGCAAUGAGAUCAAUUGCAAAGAACAAAGUGAAAUUAGCUAAUUACAUAGGCAAGUUACCCCUAAUUCAGCAUAGCAGACUACAAAAGAUUAGGAAAUAAUCUGGAAAGUGGCUUCCUAUUUGGAGUGGAGAUGAAAACUAUGAAAGAUUUGAAAUUCAUGGGUGGCCGACUAACAUGGCUGUUGAUUUGGGAAAGAGCAUCUGUACCUGCAGAUUUUGGCAAAUAACAGGUUGCUCCACUUGUUCCAAUUCAACUUACAAGGCCAAACAAGUUGCCCCCAAAGAGAAGAUCUCAACACUCAACUGCUGCAAGUAUGAAUUCAAUACAAGGAGCAAGUUCUGGGACAGCAGCAAGAUUGGCAGGGGUCAUGAGGUUUGUCCCUACGCCAGGCUUCAUACCUCCAAGGAAGAAGUGAUGAGAAGCUUUCUGUUUUGUUGUAUUUAACUAUGUUAAACUUGGGUUCAUCUUGAUGAUUGUAUUUUGGCAUUAGUUUAUUUACAACUCAGAAACAGUAAAACUGAUAUAAAAUGUUUAAGUUUGGAUUUCAA